AUGUUGCGGCAGCUCAACAUGGACACAGUGCGGCAAAAUUUCUGGAAGGAGGAAUAUCUGCGGGAGAAGAUGUUGCGCUGUGAGUGGCACCGCAAAUACGGGUCGAUGGUGAAGGCCAAGCAGAUGGCUAAGGCUGCAGCCCGCCUGCCCCUCCAGCUGCCUACCCUGCACCCCAAAGCUCCACUCUCACCCCCACCUGCCCCCAAAGUAGUCCCUUCCAAGGCCCCCAGCCCUGCCCCAGAGGCUCCUUUUCAGUCAGAAAUGUACCCGGUGCUGCCUGCCACCCGGGCCUUGCUGUAUGAAGGCAUCUCCCACGACUUCCAGGGGCGCUACCGCUACCUCAACACCCGGAAACUGGACAUGCCAGAGACGCGCUACCUCUUCCCCAUCACCACCAACUUCACAUAUGGCUGGCAGCUGGGCCCCGCAGUGAAGCAAGAACUGGUCUGCAAGAUGUGCCGCAUUGAGUCAUUCUUCCGCAAGAACGGGGCCUUCGCGCUGCUGGACCCCCGGGACCUGGCCCUCUGACUGUGGGCCAGGCGACGUUCUUAGGAGAGGGAAGAAGAAAUAACAGGCCUCCUGGUGGGGCAAAGCUGCUGUGUGUGUCUGUGUCUCUGCUCUCCCGCGCCCUAAGGCUGCAUUCUGGGCCUUUCCGAAACUACCUCUGACUUGCAGGUUGCCUCUUGCUUUUUCCUUAACUCCCAUCUCGUUAAUCAUCCCUUUGAGUACCCAGCAAUGACCAGAGGGGCUGGGAA